AUGAGUCUCACCGCUAAGGACAAGGCAGUGGUCGGGGCCUUCUGGGCCAAGGUGUCCGGCAAGGCUGAGGACGUCGGAUGCGAUGCUCUUUCUAGAAUGCUGGUGGUGUACCCCCAGACCAUGACAUACUUCUCCCACUGGCCGGACCUGAGCCCCGGUUCUGCCCCGGUCAGUAAGCAUGGUAAGACCAUCAUGGGAGGCGUCGGUGAAGCCGUGGCCAAGAUGGACGACCUCACCACAGGUCUCCUCACCCUCAGCGAGCUGCACGCCUUCCAGCUGCGUAUAGAUCCAGCCAACUUCAAGAUCCUGUCCCACAACAUAUUGGUGGUGCUGGCCAUUUUGUUCCCCGCUGACUUCACCCCAGAGGUUCAUGUGUCCGUGGACAAGUUCCUGGCCGCACUGGCCCUGGCUCUGGCCGAAAAGUACAGAUAA